UCUUCACGCGGUUUUCCUCAGAACAGACUGGGCCGCCGGUCGCUGCAUGGCAACAGGCGCUAGGGAUUCCCCCCCGCACGUCGCCUCCUCGUCUUCCCGUUGUAUACCUGCUUUAGCGUUAAACAAAAAAAAAAAAAAAAAAAAAAAAAAAAACACCACAGGCUGUUAGACGCGCCCAUCAGCGCCAGCAUGUCCCGGAAUAUAGAAUAACGCGCAAGGCGGAGCAGAAACUUUAAACGCGGGGAGAUUUGACCAAAAAGAGCCAGUGCAGUGACACCGACGACCGGACUCCAUACAGAUUCUGAUUGAUGAGGCAGCCUCCAAAUGACGUCGAGAUGGCUUUAGGUGGGACACUUCUGCCAUCCAUAUCCACUUUUGCCAGCGGCCCCACCGUCAAGAGUAAAUCCAGUGGAAGUGCCAAUUUAAGAUGGAAGGAGGAGCUGUGCCAUCUUAAGAGACCCAGUGUGCCAACCGGAAGCAGCUGCCCUGACCCCGACCAUCCCAGCAUGUCCAAGAAACACACAGAGCCUGACCUGGACUUGGACUACGACUUUAUCCUUUCUAACUCAAUUCUGCAGCAGCAGCAGCAGCAGCAGCAGCAGCAGCAGCAGCAGCAGGAGGAGGCCAUGGCAUGCAGCUCUGCCCAGGCCUUGUCUCCUUCCUCAAGCUCCUUCUCCUCGUCUUACCCCCUCCCCUCCCCCCAGGAUGCCUCCAGCGAACUCCUGUACACCAUCCCAGAUAUCAGUGACGUCUCGCCGUCUGGAGGGUUCGUGGCAGAGCUCAUGAGGCCGGAGCUGGACCCUGCGUACCUGCAUCCCACCAGCCUCCGCGGCAAAUUCGUGGUCAAGACGACAAUGGACAUGGGAGAGUACGCUCAAGGCGUGAACGUGAGCAAAGCCUGUGUUAAUUCUCCGUCCGACCCGAGUCCUCCCCGUGCAUCGCCGCCUUUUACCUGCCACAGGAUAAAGCAGGAGAACCCCGGUAACUGCACCAUCUCACAGCCGAUGGACCUACACCUGACUGGGGUGAACUCCCAGGGCCGUGGGAGUGCGCAGCAGCAGCAGCAGCGUCCGAGCCAUUUAGACCUGCAUGGCUUUCCUGGUGGACAGAGGUCCAUGCCAGGCGGCAGGUUAUCCUCAUCCUCCUCCCUCUCCCCUGACCACCCUCUGAGCCGGGAGCACCAGGUCCUCGGGCAUCCCCAUGCUCAGAUCACUCUACCUCCCCAGGGAUACCACCAUAGCUCCCCGCAAGGCUACACCUCCUUCCCUCAGCCGUCCUCAAUGCAGUACCAAGAGCCCCUCAUGAUCUCCAGUGGGGACUGCUUACCGGAGGAACCCAAGCCUAAACGUGGUCGGCGCUCCUGGCCGAGGAAGAGAGUUGCCACACACACAUGUGACUAUGUUGGCUGUGGGAAAACGUACACAAAGAGCUCACACCUUAAAGCACACCACCGCACGCACACAGGGGAGAAGCCUUACCACUGCGACUGGGAGGGCUGUGGCUGGAAGUUUGCACGUUCGGACGAGCUCACACGCCACUACAGGAAACACACGGGCCACCGGCCGUUUCAGUGUCAGAAAUGUGACCGGGCCUUCUCAAGGUCGGACCACCUCGCUCUCCAUAUGAAGAGACACUUAUGAGACUUGGCCCAUGGCAUGAAGGCUGCAGGAAAAAAAAGUAUAUGUUAGGAGAACCUUGAACAAACUCUUGAGCUACGCUUUUUUUUUUUUUUUUUUCAAAACCAUAAUUUGCCUUCGAGCCGUUGUCAAGAAACAAGACAAGCUGUGGAGUUCACGGCAACAACAACAACAAAAAAAAAAAGAGCAAAGAUUUUCUCUUGAGACUGAUCCCCGUCUUCGCACAUCGUGUAGGUGACUCGACGAGACCUCUCAGCCAGGGUUGUAAACUUUUAUGAAAGGGACCAAACUGGAAUUUGUCUUAUUUAACCGACAAAACUUGGAGGACCAGGUGCCAACAGCUUUUUUUUAACUGGAAAUGUAUUUUUGUCAGGGAAACCAGGAGCAACAGACAAACAUCUCCAGAGGCCUUCUACCAGCAACAUGCCAACAAAGGCUCUGUUAACAACCACACACUGUUCAAAAUACUGUAUUCAUAAAUACAUCUAUAUUUAUACACACAUUUCACCUGCAAUGCCAUUAAUUUCAGGUACAAUGUUAACUUAUACAGAAUGGUGCUCAGUGACUCUGAAGAAGGUUUUAUUUUUAAAGAAAGGUACCAAAGAUUAAGGAAAAUAUUCAAAAGGGUAAAAAAAACAAACAAAAAAAAAAAAACGAUGAAAAAGUGCCAUACGGUUGUUGUGCGUUUCCUAGAAACCUCUCUUCCACAAUCAGGUGAACACUUCACUUAAAAAUGGUGAUGGCAAUCUUCGAUGCACUGCGGUCGCAAAGUGCAAUAAUUUAUAUGAGACAUUGGUAUUUUUGUAUUGAAUGAGUGAACUCUGAACAAAGAUGUCUUGUUUAUAGCCAAAAUAUGUAAUAUAAUCUUGAAUUUUGUACAUUUGUAAAUAAAAUUUUCUCUGUUAUUGUUUUGUAUUUUACAGUAUAAUAAAACAAAAUGUAUUUGAACUAAGAA